AUGCAUCUACCAUCCUAUCGAAGUCAGAAGGAGCCGCUGGGCCUCUUUACCGUAACACGUACUGCUGUUUUUGUUGCUGCAGCGGCGGUCUUAGGGACAGCAGCAGUUGCUGCAGCAGCAGCGUACGAAGGCGUCCGUCUGCAGCCCAUCCGGAAGGCUGCAGCGGAAGCAGCUGGUGCCGUUGCUGCAGCAGCAAAAGCAGCAGCAGCUGCAGCUGCAGCAGCGGUCUCUAGAGAGAACCAGAUGUGUGUCAUUUUGGUCUGGAGCCGUUCCUGGGAUCGGGAUCGUGUGCCAGCUUGGUGCCCCAGCGGCUCUCUUUUGUUGGGUAGCACGGAGCAGCUCUCACAGCCGCUCUUGCGGCAACCCCACGAAUUGACGGCAGAGCAGGCCUGCGAAGACCACCAGCAGCAGCAGAAGCAGCAACAAUAUAUUUAUGAGGAGCUUCAGCAAUGCAGCUCUCAGAGUUCCGCCCGAAAGGCUCUGAGCAGCAAAGUUCUGCUCAACGUUGGGGGGCGUGUAUUUGCCACAACGUAUUCAACUCUGAGGAACUUUGGCCCGCAUUACCUCUCGCGGUGUCUGUCUCCCCCUUGGAGACAGGGUGAGACACGAGAAGUAUUUAUAGACAGAAAUGGAGACAGCUUCUCGUACGUUCUGGACUUCCUCAGGAAUGGAUGCCUUUGCUGCAGCAACCAACCUUGGCUGUUGCAGCAGCUGCUGCUCGAGGCCCGUUUCUUCUGCAUUCGCCCCCUUGAAGAGGAGAUUGAAGAGAGACUUAGGAAAAUAAGGCUAGAGGGAGUGGCAGUAAGAUGCGAGGAAGCAGGCAGGCUCGCGGCAGCAGCGGCUGUGGGAUCCGGCCGACCCCAGGAUUGUUUGGCAAAUCUCAUGCCUCUUGACUCUCCCCUGCUGCAGAAGCAGCUACUGCACAUGAACCAUUGCAGGGACUCUGAGGCGAACAGCCUUGGCCGCAGGAGCAGCCGUAGUAGCGACGGGGGUAGCAACUCGGGAAACAGCGAGAGCGACUGCUGCAGCAAUGUUCGAGAGCCUCUUAGUACUGCAGCGUCCGCAGGAGCAAAUACACCAGGGGAGACACCACAAGAACGGGCUAAGCUUGCGCAGAUUGCAGCAGCAGCCGAGCUUGCCGCGCGGGCUGAGUCCUUAAGGCGCUCCCUCGUCAAUGAUGACCCCGAACCGCCCGAGCCUCAGGUCGUCAAAGACUUGGGGGAGAGGGUGCUGCUUACAGACGAAGAUUUUUGA